UGUCACAGCCCGACUUCAGUGCCUUGCCAACAGGAGGGACGCGAGCGCAACGCUCGUGCGUCGAUAAUUUGUCGCAUUGGAUUGGUUGGACGGCGGUCAUUCAGGGCUCACCUCUGCCUGGCUGCUCUGUAAAGCACAGCUAAGGGGGGUGGAGGGAAGGGGUGUUUGCUAAAAUUGCAGUGUUAAGUCUGUAAAGCUGCUGACGAUGUUAACUUAUAGCAAGCGUUGUCUCGACUCUUGGGUUCAUUUUGGCCCCCCAAAAAGGUAUUUUACGCUUUAGGCGGCCAAACGGAGUCAUCUGACGUAGCUUGUGCCAACAUUUUACGCGGGCUCGGCGAGACAAGUCAGUUUCACUUUCGCGAUGGGAAUACAGCUGGAACGUGACUGCAAAAACCUGUGUCCUUUUGGAUCGCCACAGCAUUGUUGUGUGCGUGCACUGUAUUGCCUGUGCUGCCUACACCGGCCAUCUGUGGCACCAUGGAGCAGCUGGAAGAGGAGCUCACGUGCCCAAUCUGCUGCGGACUCUUCGACGACCCGCGCGUGCUGCUGUGCUCCCACAGCUUUUGCAAGAAAUGCUUGGAGGGACUCUUGGAGGGGAACCGAUGUCCCGCUUUCAGAACGCCUUUCAGGUGCCCCACAUGCCGCAAAGAGACCCCUCACAACGGCGCAAACAGCCUGCAGAUCAACUACUCUCUGCGGGGGAUAGUGGAAAAAUAUAGCAAAAUAAGACUGACGCCUAAAAUGUCUGAAUGUAAGCAGCACUGCGGUCAGCCACUCAACAUAUUUUGCGCCACGGACUUACAUCUAAUUUGUGGGUUUUGCUUAACGACGGACGACCACAAAGGACACGCGUUCUGCUCCUUGGAAGAGGCGCACAAGCGAGAGAAGGAGGCGUUUGAAGUGCUGCUCCGCGGGCUGGAGAGCUGGCAGGGCGCAGACGUCCUGUCCUGCCUGGAGACACGGCAAGCCAGUAAGAAAACCGCGCUUCAGUCUUUGACCACGGACGCAGAGAAGGUGACAGACUACUUCGAUACACUCAUCGGCACCAUUGAAUGUAAAAAGAAUGAAAUCCUCUCCGACUUUGAGACCCUGAAGCUGGGGGUGCUGCAAGAGUACGACCCGGUGAUCACCGGGCUGAGCGCAACCAUGGAGGACCAUCGGCGCGCGCUCGGCUUCGCGGAGUCCCUCCGGAGCGUCGCCGACCCCCUGCGCUUUCUGCAGCAGAUGCGGGAGUUUCGAGAGAAGUUGAAGGUCCUCCCCGCCGCACCGCCUCCGGUGCCCUCCCGGGGAGACUCGGACGUCGGCGCCCUCGUGCGCAAUUUCGAUGUCAAAAAAUGGGACUCGCUGAGGCUCCGGGAAGUGGACCGGAUCUCGGUGCCGCACGAGAAUCACGGCUCCUACCGAACGGGAGGCUCCCGGACGGCCGCCGCGCGCAGAUGGAUCUUCUUGAAUGUGGUCCUGUUGCUGUCCACCACGACCCUGAUGCUGCAGCCGCACGACCUCGCAGCCUACGUGCCCUCGCAGGUUGAGCCGUUGCUCGCUGCCGCGUCCUCUUCCCUGACCCACGCCUGCGCGUACCUGCGGGAAAUAGCUGGCACGUGCGCGAGUCUCAUGGGGCGCGGCCAGGAGUGCAUCGGGCACUUAAUUGACUCCGCUGUCAAUUUAAUUGCUAAUUUCUAGGUUGCUUUGAGGACUGGCCUUGGGCAUCUCCGCCGUGCGCUCGCAGCUACACACACGUGGCCACAGGUGUGCAGCUGAGUCUACAUAUGGAAACACUUGUUUACGUAUUUGUUUACCAUGUCUCCUUAUUUGCCUUAUUUGUUUUGCCCAAGCUCCAACCUCCAUAGGGUCAAAUAUAAUCAAACCGUACAGAGGUCGAAACCAUAUGUUUACUUUUUGUAUAUACAUGGCACAUGUAUAGAUGUCAUGAUAGUUUUGAUAAAUAAAACAGAUGGAAGUCA